CCUACGCACUCGGCAUGCUGACGGCAGUGCAGAGUCGCCAAUCCCGAGGGAGGCGGGAGAGACGACAAGACAAACAUCCUGCAAGCGCUGAUGAAGUGCCACUAUUGUGGGUAGGUUGUAUUCAAAGGCAUGAAAAGUAUACCAUCAGCACGGGGAUGGGAAUUGACCUUCUUGCGAAACAUCCAUCUGGAUGAGCGUAGUGAGGUACACCGGCGCCCAGAGACGACAGGACCGACAGCCUCUUUGCCUCUCGGUUGAAUAUCAAAACAUCCGCGACAUGAUCUUGUUCACGACGGACACCGACUACUGGCAGUCGAAUGGGUUCAAGCUCGACUUCCAAAAUGUGGUGGCCUUCUUCAAGCUGGGCAGGUCUGACAUGCACAUCUACAUUUCCAACAAGAGUGUGAGGCCCAACGGGACCAGAAAGGCGUGGUACGACCUGUACGCGUCCAACAGCAGCAAACUGCGACCCAUGCUGCUCGGCAUCCAUGGGCAAGAGGACUCGACGCUGCGGGACCUGACGCUGCGUUACUUGCCACAGUACUACUACUUUAACGUCAAUGCCAGCAACGUCGUCUUUGCCGACAUGCACAUUGAGGGCACCAGCACGUCCAAGAACUUCGCCGAGAACCAUGACGGAGUCGACACGUACUGCUCCAAGGACCGCACCAUCCAGGACUGGAACGUCAACAACGGCGACGACUGCGUCAGCUUCAAGCCCAACUCGACUAACUUCCUCUUGCAAAACAGGUACUACAAUGGCUCACACGGCACCUCGGUAGGGCCGCUUAGGCAGUACAAAGGCGAAACCGACAUCGUGUCGGGCAUCUACGUGUACAGCAACAGGUGUCCAACGCGACCGACGGCGUGCGUACCGAGGUGUUGCCAGGCGUGGCGUCCGCGCUAGACAGCCAUCUACAGGGUUGCGGUGGCAAAGGCACCGUGCGCAACGUCAUGUACGGCACGAUGUACGUCCAGCAGAUCGACUUCGGUAACAAGAUGACGCAAUGCUACGACCAGAAGAAUGCGACGCUCUGCAACCAGUUCCCCGUGAUUCCCUUGUCCCUGCGCGCCAGUGCAGUUCAUUGUUCCUCUCGCUCACUGGGUGUACAUGCUGCACUGUGAAACGUACAGUCGUUGCUCAACAUCAGCGUCGUCCUGUUCAACAACAUGUACGGCACGGCGACUGGUCUGUACUCUCCGUUGUCGGCCACAUUGUCUACUUGGCGCAGACGCCCUGCUCCAAACCCCGCGCGACCACCAUCAACGUCGUUG